AUGGCGGUUCCCCGGCUCUUGCGGGCAGCAGCCCCGCGUCUCUACAGCACCCUACCCGUACCGGCCCCGACACCAGCCCCGACAGCGGCCCCAGCCCCAGCGGCCCGGCCCCGUGAUGUGGAUGACAGACUGCUCACUGUGCCCCUCAGCAACCCAGACUACUUCAACGUGAAGGAGCUCUUCUCCCUGAAAGAUCUCUUUAAUGCUCGUGUGCACCUGGGACACAAAAAGGGAUGUCGGCAUAGGUUCAUGGAGCCCUACAUCUUCGGCUGCCGGCUGGACCAGGACAUCAUCGACUUGGACCAGACCAUGGAGCACCUGCAGCUGGCCCUCAACUUCACCGCCCACAUCGCCUACCGCAAGGGCAUCAUCCUCUUCGUCAGCCGCAAGCGGCAGUUCUGCCACCUGGUGGAGAGCACGGCGCGGGAGUGCGGGGAGUACGCCCACACCCGCUACUGGCAGGGCGGGCUGCUCACCAACGCCCACAUCCACUUCGGCACCGGCGUGCGCCUGCCCGACCUCCUCAUCUUCCUCAGCAGCCUCAACAACGUCUUCGAGCCCCACGUGGCCAUCCGUGAUGCUGCCAAGAUGAACAUCCCCACAGUGGGGGUGGUAGACACGAACUGCAACCCCUGUUUGAUCACCUACCCUAUCCCUGGCAACGACGACAGCCCCUCUGCCAUGGAGCUCUACUGCAAGCUCUUCAAGAUGACCAUCAUCCGCGCCAAGGACAAGAGGAAGCAGAAUGAGGCCUUCGAAGAGCUGCGCAGCAAAGCGGAGGGCAAGUAGAGCCCACAGGACAGGCUCAGGCCAUGCCCAGUAGCUUGGUGAUGGGCAUCCUGCUCUGCUCCCGUGGGUGCUGCAAGACUGACUCUGCACGCAGAGCACCGGCAUUUGGCAGAGGAAGGGAGCCCUCAGCUCUGCUGCUGCGCAGGGAUCCCAUGGUGGUCACAGCAGUCUCUAGCUCUAAAGAAAAUUGUCCAGAGUGACGUGAGGGGAGAGGAGCCAGGCCAGAGCCAGCUCCUGUCUUUGUGUUUGUCCUUGUUGCAAGGAGGUGCCUCUGUUCUGUGGCCUUCCUAUUCCUGAGCUUGUGACCUCACAUAAAUCACCUGUAUCUUGCUCCUCUUGACAA